GAUUGAGGUGAAGCCGCAGACACCUGCACUCAUCACUUUUUUUCAUACUAGGCCACUUAAGCUAAAAGUCGAGAUAAGACUUUUUAAGGUUAGGCAAGUACUACAUGCCAAGUAGUAGUUAUGGUUAAGGUUAGGAUUAGUCUCCAGCAAAUGAACCGAAGUUAUUUGAAUAUCCCCCAAGAAGCAUGGAAAUAGUAUGUUAAUUAAACCUAUUUUAAUUGUUAAUAGAUUUCAUGUGACAUAACCAUUUCACAAUCUUUCAUUUUUAAAGAUGUGGAUAAAGUUUAUUUCAUCAACGGUGUACAACAAAACCGAACAAAAUAAGAAAACUUGAUUAGUGUGAUCAGAGAGCGUGGGUUAUUGUCCACAGAGACGAUCUCAUCACACACGAUCUUUGAGAGCCCACCCAUUCCCGUUGGUCCAAACACAGAGGUCCUCCUCCUGCUUCACUCCGCCGCUGGUGACUCAAACAGCCAUGGCGUCUGCCUCAUCCAGCUUUGUUGUGCUGGCUUUAGUUGUCGUUUUCACCCCUUGUAUAUUUGCGGGCGAUGACUGUCAGAGUUACGAAGACAUAUCAGGACAAUACCAUGCCCCUCAGAAGUGCCGUUUUGGAUUCUGCUGUGGCUCCUGCUACAACAGAUACUGUUGUCAUGACUCAUUUUGGAAGCUCUCAGAAGAUAAACAAGAUGAGUGUGAAGUCCAUUAUAAGCCCAUAGUCCCGAUGGUGGUGGGGAUUAUAACCUUCGUCAUCAUUUUUCUCAUCUUCGUCCUCUGCUGCGUCUGCCCCUGCUGCUGUCUGUACAAGGCCUGCCGCAGACCACGACCUGUGAUCGCCACCACUACUCACACCACUGUCGUCACCUCCACCCCGCAAACCUACCCCCAGCAGCCCACAGCCACCCCACAACCCUAUCCGGCGGCUCAGUACGCACCCUACCAGCCCAUACCCGUCCAGCCCGGAUAUGGGACACAGCCAAUGCCCUACCAGGGAGCACCCUACAUCCCCGGACCUCCUCCAACCUAUCAGGAAGCAACUGGUCCUUCAUACCCUGCUGCCCCGAUGCCCUACAGCCAGGCAGCCUUCACUCCAGGACAGCCAUCGUACCCUCUCCAGCCCCCAGGCCCAUCUCCAUCCCAACCACAACCACAACCUCAGCCCACCGACUUCUUAACCCAGCCUGCGUACAACCCCGACUAUGUGUCCAACAAGAUGUGAAUGAAUGGAACAGUCACCGCUACAACGCAAGAUCUGGGAAUACAGUAAAACUAGUAAUAUUUUUGAAGUUUGCUCUGGUUCUGGAACUAAAUUGUCCAUUCACUUUUCCCAUUGACUUUUUAAACAUUUAAAAAUAAACAGUUUGCACAUACCCUAUCAUGUCAUGCUUGUAAAGUAAUCCAUGACACAAUUAUUUUUAGUCCUAAAAAAUCUAAACUACUAAAUAUCUUUUAUUUGUGCUUCAUAAAGUUCCUAAAAUAUAUUAUUAAAAUUCCAUUCUCAACAUAAACAUCAUUAGUAGAGUGGUCAGACCCAUUGACCCACAGGUUGGCAGUGCGAUUCCAGCUCCCAGAGAUGACUGCUAUCGUUGUGUCCUUGGGCAAGACACUUCAUCCAUCUUGGCCUCAGUGUCUGCGUGUGUUCGGUGUAUGAAUGUACUUGUGAAUGAGUAGCUCCUUGAUGUAAAACGCUUUGAGUGCCUCGAAUGUGGAAAGAAGCUAUAUAAAUGUGUGACCAUAAAUAUGAUUGUGCCAGUUGCUCAUUGGUUACCACGUUAGAUUACACACAUUACCUCCUAGCAAACUUGUAUAGUUUAAAAGAUAGUUUUAUAUAAGUGUAUAAGUCAAUGGGAAAAAUGAAUGGGAAUUUUACUUGCUGAACAUGAGAGGUGGGUGGGACUGUUGAACUCUUUUGGGGCUCUGUACUGUGAAGCUGGAAGUGGAAAUCUUUGCAGCCCAAGUAGAGACAAAAAACAUAUUUAUUAGUUGUACACUACCUGAGGUCCACUGUUGUGCACUUGGCAUUCAAUACCUCUAUUAGAAAAAGUCUUGUUGAGUUAACCAAGGGAGACUAUGUGGAGGAUUUAAGUAACUUUGCAUAGGCCGAAGCCAAGUCUAGUCCAGGAAAAAGCUAACACGAAGACUUGUAAGAAACAAAAAAUAUGCAAAGCAACACGUCCUUACACCAGUGCCCAAAUGCUGGAGGUAUUGUUGAUGUUAAUAGUUAAGUUUCAUUGAAUGCAUUUUGAAGCAGGACGUUAGAAAAUAUGACAUAAAUAGUCAUAAAAUAACACACAGCUAAUAUUUGGUUCUGUAAAAAAAAUGGUCAUCAUUAUUUUAUAUAGUAUAGUAUUUUGAAUAAUUUGGCUUAUGUAACAACUUUUAAUAAACAACUUGUCUGGCUCUUAGAUAAUACAUACAACAUCUAAGGAAACUGCUCCAGUGAAGUGGAUCUUUUGACUUGGUUUAUAUCAAGUCAUUUCCAUUAAAACAUUGGUUAUAUUUUUAUUCUAACAAGCAUAAGCCAGUGUUAGGUUAACUUUUCAUUGCAGUCUACUUCUGAACAAGGACUUGAUGAAUCCAGUUUUACAAUACAAGACUCCCAAAGUGUGAUAAACCAUUAGUAUUGCUUAUUAGAAAUGUAAAUAUUAUAGUAGAAAAAUUAUUAAUUCCAUUGUUCAGUUUGCAUGGACCCCCCAAACAAGAACCUUUGAUAUAAACUUGGCCAUUUCAGUUUUUCAUAAACCCAUCAAAAGUAUUUUAAAAGAUCAAAGAUGUGUACAAAUAAGUUACAUUGAAUGUAUUUCUAUAUGUUCUUGAUCUUUUAAGUACCAUAAAUCAUUAAUUUAUGGUAUGGUUUAUUGAUACGUAAUAUUUUUGUCUUUUUUGUAUCGAAGACACGGCCAAGUCAAAAUGUUGAACUUUUAUUAUGUUACAAUUUUAAAAAGAACAUCGUGAAUUGUCUGAUCAAACUUGGUUGAUUCUGGGCAUUUUCAAGUACCACUAUUUUAAAAGUUUAGUUUUAUAUUUUUCUUUUUAAUCUUUGUUACAUUGACCAUAAUGCUGCUCUACUGUAUUACAUGUUUUGGAAGUUCCCUUUUCAGUUUUUCUGUGGUCCAACUUUGAAAAGUGGCCUUAACUAUUCCAUGUUCACAAUACAAUCUAAAACUAGUUCAUUUAAAUAUUAGAAUCUUCAAAUUUUGUUUAUUUUUAAUGUAAAUGUGUAUAUUCUAUAGAAACGAAAGUAUAAGUUUGUCACCAUUGUAGAAAGGAUGAUUGUUGUCAAAGCUUUUGGCCUCAAUUGUUUAAAAAGGGAAUUGUUGUUGUUCAAAAAUAUGCAACCAGUCAAACCAUCAACACAGGACUGAUGUCAAUUGUCAAAAUGAUACUAAAAAUGGAAUAUUUCUUUAUAA